AUGGCGACCACCCCACCGGCCGCCGCUACCUUCCUCCACCAUCACCUCCCCUUUCCCAGCCUCCGCCCCAAGACACUUCUCAGACCCCGCCUCCGCCGCCUCGCCGCGUCCAUCAACCCCUCGCCCCCCGACGAGACCCCCGCCGCGGACCCACCGGUCAUCCCCUCAAUCAGCAUCAAGAACACUGAGCCCGAGGAGGUCGCCCGCCGCCGUAGUUGGGUGGAGCACGGAUGGGCGCCGUGGGAGGAAAUCAUGACCCCGGAGGUCGCCUUUGCGCGCCACAGCCUCAACGAGGGCGAGGAGGUGCCGCUUCAGUCGCCGGAGUCCCUCGAGGCCUUCCGCAUGCUCACGCCUUCCUACCGGAAGAAGGUGGAGGCUGAGCCGGGAUACCUGGAGCGCCUCUUCGCGACGCGCGACACGCCCAAGCCUCUCGAGACGACGUGGGCCGGCCGGCUCCCGCUGCGGCUCGUGCCGCCGCGGGACUGGCCGCCGCCUGGCUGGGAGGUGGACCCGGACGAGCUGGAGUUCAUAAGGGAGGCGCACAGGGAGGCCUCUGAGAGGCUGGACAUGGAGGCGGCGGCCGCAGCCGGGGUGACCAACGUGGAGAAGCUGGAGGAUGCGCCACAGGAUCUGGCGCUAGACAGGUACAAAAUGUUCCUGAAGCAGUACAAGGAAUGGGUGGAGGCAAACCGAGAUAGGUUGGAGCAGGAGUCCUACCAGUUUGAUCAGGAUUACUUCCCUGGCAGACGAAAAAGAGGUAAGGACUACAGUGAAGAUAUGCAUGAACUUCCAUUCUACUAUCCUGGACAGAUCUGUUACGGGCAAGUAACGACUGUUCACCUCUAUCAGGGAGCCUUUGUGAACAUCGGUUGUGUCCAUGAGGGGUGGGUGCCGAUAAAAGGAAAUGACUGGUACUGGAUCCGGCAUCACAUCAAGCCUGGCAUGAAAGUCUAUGUGGAGAUUCUGGCCAAACGAAACCCUUACCGCUUCCGCUUCCCACUUGAGAUGCGAUUUGUAUAUCCUAACAUUGAUCACCUAAUAUUUAAUAGAUUCGACUUCCCACCAAUAUUUCACCGUAAGGAGGAUACUAACCUAGAGCAGUUGUGGCGUGAAGCUGGACGGCCACCCAUUCCUAGGAAAAAACCUUUAAAAGAUAUGGAAAAGGAACCUUUGGUAUCAGACCAUCCUUUUGUUGAUACGCUUUGGGAAUGGCAUAAUGCAGAGCAGAUGAUUUUAGACUACGAGGAACAAAAUCCAGAUAAAUUCAAGGAUACAACAUAUGAGUCCACAGUUGAUGCAUCCUCAAUCGAUGAAGAAAACAGAGUUGGAUACACUGAAGGAUAUUUCAAAGAAACACUGCUAAAAAAGAAAGUUGUGAAUAUAAGCGUCAAAGAACUUGAUCUGGAUGCUGCUCGUGCUGAACGCCAGCUAAUAAAAAAGCUGAAAAAGGAAGCCGAGGAAAGAGGAGAGGAAUACAAAGUUGGGAAGCUCCGACGAAACAAAGAAAUGGAUGAGUAUGAUCUGAUGCAGUGGCGUCGUUCAUUUGAAGAAAGGGAAGCCCUUAUCAGAGACAUCUGCUGUCGGAAAGCACUUGGUCUUCCUAUCGAGGAGCCCGGGCGAUAUGACGUAGAUGAGACAGAGGUCUAUGGGAAGGAUUAUUAUGACCCGGAAAAGCCAAUGUACCGCUAUGACUACUGGGGAGAACCCAAGAACACCGAGAAGACUAAGCUGGAGCGGGACGUGGAGCGCCACAACCAACAGGUGGUCGGCGACGCGAAGAAAUGGUGCGAGAUGUCGUAUGAUGACUAUGUCCGCAAGAAGCUGCGGUUGGAAGCAGCUGAAGCGAGGGAAAGGCAGAGGAAGGCGUCCGAGCCGCAAGAGGAUGAGGAGUAUGAUGACGGCAUGGACCUGGACUUGAAGAAGAUGACCGAUCCUCGUGCCCCGCACAACCGGUUUUACAUCACGAAAUGA